AUUCAUAUAAAGGAGAAACCUUUCAAAUGUACAGAGUGUGAGAAAAGUUUUAGAUGGAAAGCUAAUCUCCUACAACACCACAAAACUCACACAGGUGAGAAGCCCCACAAUUGUACUGAGUGCGGCAAAUGUUUUAUACAAAUGACAAAACUUAUAGCUCAUAAAAGGACCCACACAGGGGAGAAACUGUUCAGUUGUAUAGAGUGUGGAGUACAGUUUACCCAAAGGUCCAGUCUCUUUGUUCACAAAAGAAUUCACACAGGAGAAUUCUUUUUUAUAUGUACAGAAUGUGGGAAAAUGUUUGAUGGCAAGUCAACUUUGCGAGCACACAAACUUAUUCACACAGGGGAGAAACAAUUCACCUGUAGUCAAUGUGGAAAAUGUUUUAAACAAAAGGGAAAACUGAAAACUCAUGAAAGGAUUCACACAGGAGAAAGACCUUUUAUGUGUGCAGAGUGUGGAAAAUGCUUCACACAAAAUAAGCUUCUUAGAAAACAUAAAAAGAUCCACACAAAAGAAAAGACUUUCACAUGUGAUGAGUGUGGAAAAAGUUUUACAAAAAAGAGUAAUCUAAAAAAUCAUGAAAUGAUUCACACAGGAGAAAAGCCUUUCACAUGUACAGAGUGUGGAAAAAGUUUUACAGAAAAGAGUAAUCUGAAAAUUCAUGAAAGGAUUCACAAAGGAGAUAAGCCUUUCACAUGCACAGAGUGUGGAAAAAGUAUUACAGUUAAGAGUACUCUGAAAACUCAUGAAAGUAUUCACACAGGAGAAAAGCCUUUCACAUGUACAGAGUGUGGAAAAUGUUUUACACAUAAGAGUCAUCUGAAAAGUCAUGAAAGGAUUCACACAGGAGAAAAACCUUUUACAUGUACAAAGUGUGGAAAAAGUUUUACAGAAAAGUGUAAUCUGAAAACUCAUGAAAGGAUUCACACAGGAGAAAAGCCUUUCACAUGUACAAAGUGUGGAAAAUGUUUUACAGAAAAGAGUCAUCUGAAAACUCAUGAAAGGAUUCACACAGAGGAAAAGCUUUUCACAUGUACAGAGUGUGGAAAAAGUUUUACAGAAAAGAGUCAUCUGAAAACUCAUGAAAGGAUUCACACAGGAGAAAAACCUUUCCCUUGUACAGAGUGUGGAAAAAGUUUUACAGAAAAGAGUCAUCUGAAAACUCAUGAAAGGAUUCACACAGAAGAAAAGCCUUUCACAUGUACAGAGUGUGGAAGAAAAUUUACACAUAAAAGUACUCUGAAAAAACAUGAAAGGAUUCACAUAGGAGAAAAGCCUUUCACAUGUGCAGAGUGUGGAAACAAUUUUACACAUAUGAGUAGUCUGAAAAAACAUGAAAGGAUUCACACAGGAGAAAAGCCUUUCACAUGUACAGAGUGUGGAAACAAUUUUGCACAAAUGAGUAGUCUGAAAAAACAUGAAAGGAGUCACACAGGAGAAAAGCCUUUCACAUGUACAGAGUGUGGAAACAAUUUUGCACAAAUGAGUAGUCUGAAAAAACAUGAAAGGAUUCACACAGGAGAAAAGCCUUUCACAUGUACAGAGUGUGGGAAAAGUUUUAUAGAAAAGAGUAAACUGAAAAAACAUGAAAGGAUUCACACAGGAGAAAAGCCUUUCACAUGUACAGAGUGUGGGAAAAGUUUUAUAGAAAAGAGUGAUCUGAAAAAACAUGAAAGGAUUCACACAGGAGAAAAGCCUUUCACAUGUACAGAGUGUGGAAACAAUUUUGCACAAAUGAGUAGUCUGAAAAAACAUGAAAGGAUUCACACAGGAGAAAGGCCUUUCACAUGUACAGAGUGUGGGAAAAGUUUUACACGAAUAAGUACUCUGAAAACUCAUGAAAGGAUUCACACAGAAGAAAAGCCUUUCACAUGUACAGAGUGUGGAAAAAGUUUUACAAACAAGAGUCAUCUGAAAACUCAUGAAAGGAUUCACACAGGAGAAAAACCUUUCACAUGUACAGAGUGUGGAAAAAGUUUUACAGAAAAAUCAUAUUUAACAGUUCACAAUAGGAUUCACACAGGAGAGAAACCUUUCUUAUGUACAGAAUGUUGGAAAAUGUUUGCAGACAAGUCAAGUUUACUAACACAUCAACUUAUUCACACAGGGGAUAAAUCAUUCACCUGUAAUCAAUGUGGAAAAAGUUUUAAACAGAAGGGUAAUCUGAAAAAUCAUGAAAGGAUUCACACAGGAGAAAAGCCUUUCACAUGUUCAAAGUGUGGAAAAAGUUUUUCAGAAAAGAGUAAUCUGAAAACUCAUGAAAGGAUUCACACAGGAGAAAAGCCUUUCACAUGUACAGACUGUGGAAAAAGUUUUACACGAAUGGAUUGUCUGAAAGCUCAUGAAAGAAGUCACACAGGGGAAAAACCUUUCGCAUGUACAGAGUGUGGAAAAUAUUUUCAACAUAUGAGUUGUCUGAGAACUCAUGGAAUGAUUCACACAGGGGAAAAACCUUUCAUAUGUAGAGAGUGUGGAAAAUUUUUUGCAAAUAAGACUAAACUGAAAAAUCAUGAAAGGAUUCACACAGGAGAAAAGCCUUUCACGUGUACAGAGUGUGGAAAAAGUUUUACAGAAAAGAGUAGUCUAAAAAAACAUGAAACGAGUCACACAGGGGAAAAGCCUUUCACAUGUACAGAGUGUGGAAACUGUUUUACACGAAUGAGUAGUCUGAAAAAACAUGAAAUGAGUCACGCAGGGGAAAAGCCUUUCAUAUGUAUAGAGUGUGGGAAAAGUUUUACACGAACGAGUAAUCUGAAAAAACAUAAAAGGAUUCACACAGGAGAAAAACCUUUCACAUGUACAGAGUGUGGAAAAUGUUUUAGACAAAUAGAUUAUCUAAAAGCUCAUGAAAGGAUUCACAAGGAAAGAAACCUUUCAUAUGUUUAGAAAGUGGAAAAAAAGGUUAUUAUUGAAGUCAGGUAUCACAAAACACCAAAUAUUUACACACAAAUAAACUUUAUCUACACAGUGUACAAACCUUUUUACAAUUAUCAUAAAGAGGACAAACUCUCUAAAUAGAAGCAUAAAAAAGGACCCUAUUGUAAAUAAUACUUUCUAAAUCCCAGUUAUAAAAACCCCAGAUUGGAAGUGCUCUCCUGCUGUCCUCUGUUCCUCUAUAUAUGUGCACCUCAGUUUCUCUCAUAUCAAUGUGAUAGAAUCCAAACACCACACAGGAAUAUACAAAUCUGUCCUCAUACUGACCAUUUCUCUUACAAGGUGUAUCCAGUCCACGGAUUCAUCCUUACUUGUGGGAUAUUCUCAUUCCCUACAG